AUGUUCAAGUUGGCCGUAUUCCUCGCCCUGGUCGGUUGCGCCCUGGCCGCGCCUAAGCCCGGUGUACUGGCAGCCGCCCCGCUGGUAGCCGCCGCGCCGGUGGUGCACGCCGCGCCCGUCAUCGCCUCGGCCCCGGUGGCCACCAGCUACCAGAACACCGUCAAGAUCUCCAAGAGCUCGCCGGUCAUCACCACGACCUACCACGCCGCCGCCCCACUGGCCGUAGCCGCCCCACUGGCCGUCCACACCGUCCACGCCGCUCCGGUUCUCCACGCCGUUCACGCCGCACCGGCUCUGCACGUCGCCCACGCCGCUCCUCUUGCCGUCUUGUAA